AAUUUUCAGUAAAUAAAUAUGCUCAAACUUCAUUACAAGUCAUGGAUUGUCCGAAAAAAUGGCAAAUACGACAGGCACUACCCCACCAUCCCCCGAUCUCACAUUUCACCCUAAUCUAAAAAUAAUGCCCUCAAAAUUUUCACCCUUCUCCAACAAAUUUCCUUUGUGACCGGCUUCCCGCCUAUGCCCGAAUACGAGAAAUCGCGGGCGCGUCUCGACGACCGUUUGAACAAGCCGCCGCGCGAUGUCGUACUGCUGCCGCCAUCUAGGACCAACAUGACGGACUGGGAAGGCAUGUGGCUGCGAGCUCUGGCCCGCCCGCCGCAUUGUCGCUCGCUGCAGGACCUGCAAGUGAUCUAUUACGGGCUGAGCGGCCUGGAGGCGCUGCAGUCGUUGAGAGAUUCUAGUUUGCGCGCUCUCUGCAAGGUGGUGCGCUAUGAGAAGCAUUUGGCGAACGACGUUCUGUACUAUACGGGUGAAUUGUCAACUUGCUGGUACAUAUUGCUGUCUGGAUCAGUUUUUAUUGAUGGAUCCAUGUUUUUGCCCAGAUCCAGUUUUGGGAAACGAACCGGUGGAAGUGCCAGGAGGCAGAAUGAAUGUUUCGUCCUUGAACCAUCGGAGAUGAUUGUCAUCGACUAUCCAGACAUAGAUCAAGGAAGAAGAAUACAGAACUCUCCUCUAAUGGAACACAGACCGCAUAGACCUAUAAGCAUAAUGUUCGAUGACACUUAUGGCGGUCAUCCCCAUAACAGUAUUCCCCGACCAAGUUUAUACCAUAAAUGCUCUAGAGGGUCCCAUUCCUCAGAUACCUCUUCUGCGUACAGUGGAUCAGAUACCAUGGCAUCGACGCACUCAGAACUGGACGGAGAAGAGCCUGAUCUAUCAGGACUCGUUGAGAGUAUCGUUGACAGCGACGAAGAAGACGAUUUGGCCGAAAGCAUGGACAGUUUAACCGUAAGAGAUAGGGUAAGAGACUGUUUGGAGAAAGAGCCAACAGAACGAACAGACGAUGAUAUAGAAACCCUGCUAGAAUUUACGCAGCAGUUAAAAGCUUUUAACAAUAUGACUUUGGCUGUUCGACGUGCCCUUUGUGCAGUAAUGGUAUUUGCGGUGGUCGAGAAAGCUGGCACCAUUGUCAUGAAUGAUGGCGAAGAAUUAGAUUCUUGGUCGGUUUUGGUUAAUGGAAGCGUGGAAGUUGUCAUAUCUGGUGAAGAGAAUCAGACUCUCAACACCGGAGAUGCUUUCGGUAUCCUCCCGACUAUGGAUAAACUGUACCAUCGUGGUAUUAUGGUCACCAAAUGUGACGAUUGUCAAUUUGUCUGUAUUACACAGUCAGACUACUACAGGAUAUUACAUCAAGGUGAAGAAAACACCAGGAGGCAUGAGGAAGACGGUAAGGUAGUGAUGGUCACGGAAUUAAGAGGAUCUGUAGAACCAAGUUCGAAUAGACGAGGUCACGUAGUGAUUCGGGCGACCCCAGACCGUCUCAUGCAACAACUAAUUGAAGAAAAUUCUCUUACCGAUCCCACUUAUGUGGAAGAUUUCCUUCUCACCCAUAGGGUAUUCACUCCUAGUUCCUUACAUAUUGCCAAUCAGCUUUUAGGAUGGUUCAAAGAUCCCGAAAUUCGAGAUAGAGUGACUCGCGUCGUGUUGCUGUGGGUCAACAACCAUUUCACCGAUUUCGAAACCGACCCGGACAUGAUCGAGUUUUUAGAAACUUUCGAACAGGGGCUCGAAAAUGAACAUAUGGGCGGACAAUUGAGACUGUUAAAUAUCGCGUGCGCGGCUAAGGCUCGUAUUAGGAACGUGGUGCUCGCCAGACCUAACAGAGACGAACCUCUCAGUUUCCAGAUUUUGGGUGGGUUUGAACGGAACUUUGGCAUAUUCAUUUCGAAGGUGGAUAAAAAAUCUAAAGCCGAAGAUGUAGGUUUGAAAAGGGGCGACCAAAUUUUAGAAGUGAACGGUCAAAGUUUCGAACAUGUGUCUCACGCUAGGGCUUUGGAAAUAUUACGCGGUACUACCCAUUUGAGCAUUACUGUGAAAUCAAACUUGUUGCACUUUAAGGAAAUGUUAAAUACUCCCGAUAAUUCGCCCAGACCUAGAAGCAGAAAGGUCUCUGAAAUUUCGAAAAUUCAGCAUGAUCCUAGGGCGAGAUUAUCCAGCGUGGAUGGAAACAUCAUUAUGGGUCAUGAGACCUUAUGUUCUCAACCAGUUACCAUCAACAGUCCUCAAAAGGAAGGGAAAAAACCGAUGUUCUCCACUAUGGGGCCCAAGAGAAGAUUACAAAAAGCUUUAAUGAAAAUGAACAUUUUACCCAAAAAUAUUAUCAAUAUUGGAACCGAUCAAGUAGAUAGUAUAAAUUCUCCGUCAAAUUUGACAAGCCAUCUAUAUCAAUCACAGAGCAACCCUGACCUUAUGUCAAUCUGUUAUGACGACCUUCGAUGCACAGACUAUCCAGAACAUGUUUUGAAGGUAUACAAACCAGAUCAAAGUUACAAAUACUUACUCAUUCACAAGGAGACUACCGCUCACGAAGUGGUCAUGUUGGCGUUACAAGAGUUUGGCAUGACCGAUCCAAGUUCCAAUUUCAGUUUGUGCGAAGUCUCCGUGACUGACACACAAACAAUCAAACAAAGAAGACUGCCCGAUCAAUUGCAAAAUUUGGCCGAACGAAUAGGGCUAAGCAGUAGAUAUUACCUGAAAACGAAUGGCGUGACAGAAACUUUAGUACCUGACGAGUUGGCUCCCGAACUAGUUAGGGAAAGUGCUGUGCAUUUUCUCCAACUGAAUGCUAUAGAGGUAGCCAUUCAACUCACCCUGCAAGACUUUAGCAUUUUUAGACAGAUAGAACCUACAGAAUACAUAGACGACUUAUUUGAACUAAAAUCGAAAUACGGAACUGUGAUGCUGGAACAAUUCGCAGCUUUAGUAAAUAAGGAGAUGUUUUGGGUUGUUAGCGAGGUGUGCUCGGAACAGAACCCCGUUCGACGAAUGAAAAUUAUUAAACAGUUCAUUAAAGUAGCGCGGCAAUGUAAAGAAUGUAAGAAUUUUAACUCGAUGUUCGCGAUUAUCAGCGGCCUUGGACAUGGCGCAGUCUCUCGUUUGCGACAAACGUGGGAUAAGUUACCAGGCAAAUACCAGAGGAUAUUCACGGACCUGCAGCAGUUGAUGGAUCCCUCUAGGAACAUGAGCAAAUACCGGCAGUUGGUCAGUGCAGAGCAAACCCAACCUCCAAUUAUACCAUUUUACCCAGUAGUAAAAAAAGACUUGACAUUCAUCCACUUAGGUAACGAUUCCCACGUCGAAGGCCUAAUAAAUUUUGAGAAACUUCGAAUGAUCGCUAAGGAAGUCCGAUCGCUGAGUAACAUGUGCAGCAGUCCCUACGAUCUUUUGACAAUGCUCGAGCUGGGCGGCCAACCGGCUAGUAAUGCCAUGGUGGCGUUAAAUCAAAUGACGACUGCCACGUCUCAAUAUCAUACUCAGGCCUCAAUAUGUGUUGUACCAGGUCAAGCCACGGUCAAACGACGUAAAAAAUCCACGGCUGCUCCCAAUCCUAAGAAAAUGUUUGAGGAGUCUCAGAUGGUGAGGCGCGUCAAAGCCUAUUUAAAUAACCUUCAUGUGGAAACGGAUGAACUGAAACUACACGAAAUGUCUAUAGAGUGUGAAGGUAACUCUGCGGGUAGCGGUGGCUUUUCGGGUCCAGGAAGCCAGAGGUCUAAAAGACAUGCUUCGCCGGCGCCAUCUACAACUAGCAGUACAAGUAGUGCAAGCGACGAAAGAAAACCUACUCCCAAAUUCGGUUCGGCUUCACCGCAAGCGGUUAGAAAGCUACUGGCAUUGUCUGAACCGGCCAAAACUAGGCCCCAUCAGUCUAAACAAGCGCCGACCCAUAGCGUGCCUAUUAACCAACCUAGUCCUGCUGUUCGAAGAGCCCCUAGUGCUACAGGGAGUUACUCGAGUUAUGGAUCGCACAGUUCUAGCAGCUCGGGAGCUGGCGGUCGAGCAAUGCACGAGCGGUCUCACUCAGACACGCCGACGCCACUGCCUUCGGUCGCUUUAUCGGCCGAAAGCAGUAGCGUAACAUCCCUGAGCAACUUGCCAUUAAGGAAAACGUUAACGUCAGGUUCGGUCACUUCUUCCGACUCGGGUCACAGCACCAUUAGUCAGGUUACUACAGGGUCUACGGGUGAAUGCCACCCAUACCAAGUUCGGUGUCCUAGCCCUUCAAGGCAUUCGACAGUGCUACCAGCAGGCUGGUAUCCUACGCGAACCGGUGCUAUUCCGCCUUGCCCCCAUGCUGUGGCCGUUUUACCUCCCUUACCUCAUGCUUUGCGCAAUGGUGCCAAUAGGAGGCAACCACCUUCUUACAGUGUUGCCGCCCACAUGGCGCGACUUCAUAGACUGGGCAGAGCACAUUCGCACGAAGGUGUGACUCAAGGUUACCAUUACCAUACCGACCCUGAUACCGAUCAAGAUGAUCAACUAAACGACUGUACUGACAUUUCUGACACGAUUAUUAUUAUGGUAUGAUACUGACGAACAAUGUCGACUUGACUAGACUACUAUAAAAAUUAGUAAGAUGACGAAGAAACUCAAGUUUCUGCAGUCUAAAAAGCCCCGGUUUAUUGGAAAUGUAUUUAAUCAAACCAUGUAUUUAUUUGUGUUUUUGACGUAUACAGACAUCAGUAACUAAGCUAUUGUUUAAAGGUACUGGGGUUGACAGUAUAUUGAAUAUUAUUUUCUCAGCAUGCCACACAAAAACUAUUUUGAGUUAAAAAUUGAAAUAAAAUUUAAUAAAUUGUUAACCUCUAUGCCAAGUACCUGAUCUUAAUGAUUUUUUGUAGACCUUUCUAUCUGAUUUAAUAUAUUAUUUUACUAAGUGUAACUAUCGCCUUUAUAAAAACUUGUAUAUAGUUUAUUUAUAAGAUAUUAUUUGAUUUUUCAAGUUUGAAUCAGUAUUUGUUUAUUUAUAAUCCUGAAUGUUGGCAAGACAUUUCAUUGCAUGUGACUAAGUGAAUAAUAUAAGAAAAUUAAGAAAUAUUUAUUGUAUCACUUUAUAUAUAAAAGUUAAAUGGACAAAAAGUAUAACACAAAGACAGAUCAGCAUUCAGGAAUGAGAAAUGCUAAUAUUGUGUGACUUCUGUAUCUGUAUUAAGACGCUAAUGUAACAUACAUAUCGUAUGAAAUGCGGCUGGAUUUAAAAAUAUCUAAGCAAAAAGAAACAUUUUCAAAUCGUUCAUAUAUUUUUUCAAAAACUUUUAUAGCUUCUUUAAGUAUUAGCCUAAGAGCUGGCUACAUAAAAAAACCUCAUCAUCGUUACAUGGCUAAUUUUUCUUGCGAAGUCUCCUUAUGUGUAGCCAUUAUGAAAUAGUCAUGUCUGCCAGCGCGAUCCCGGGGCUUAAAUUGGU